GAAGUCGAUAUCGAUCAAAGCGCCAUCUGUUGCUUGGCGUCCAUCUUGCAAGUUUUUGCACUACUUCGCUGCAAUAGAAAACAGCAAGAUGGAGGUGGAAAAGAUUGACAUGUCCCUCGAUGACAUCAUCAAGUUAAAUAGAAAAGAACAAAGAAGCAAAGGAAGAGGUCGUGGACAAGGUGCCAAUAGUGCUACUGGUCGUGGACGAGGUGCUACUGGUCGUGGACGAGGUGCCAAUAGUGCUCCUGGUCGUGGACGAGGUGCCAAUAGUGCUCCUGGUCGUGGACGAGGUGCUACUGGUCGUGGGCGAGGAACCCAGGGUGUGCGUGGUCGCGGCGUGCUGGGUGGUAGAGGCAUGUCUGCUGGACGAGGUAGGGCAGCUGCACGUGGAAACAUUGGUGCACGCGGCACAUUAAAAAAGGGGAGAGGCAGUCAAAUGAACUUCAAAGGCAGAGGUCAAAACCAGUUUAAACAAUUAAAAACAAAUGCUAGUGGAUUCAGAGGAAGAGGACGAGGUCAACAGGGACAAAAGAGAGGACGAGGAGGAAACCUGACAGGAAUUAGUCCAUUGAAUAGGAGUAUAUCAGACCUUCGACAGAAUAUGACAGGAGGAGCAAAACAGGGAGUGAAGCAGACAUUGCAGCAAAGGAGGACAAAGGCGUUACAAGCUUUACAAAAUGCAAAAGAAACAUUAGCAAAAAUACAGCAGCAGCAGAAAUCUUCUCGACAAAACACAGUAGAUACUAGGAGAGGAAUUCAGACUCAAUAUACCUCAACAGAAUACAGAGGAAGGGGCCGGAGCCGUGGUCGAGGUCGAGGAACGACUCGGGGACGAGGAGGCAGAGGGAGGGGACGGGUGUUUGUAAACCAGAACUUCACAUCACAAGAACAAUACGGCAGCACUACCUCCCUAGCAUCACAGAAGCAAGGCAGAAACAAACGUAGACAAUGGCGACCAAAGGCAGAUAACUCCCAAGACAAUAUCCUCCUAGUACAUGUAGAUAACCAGAAACCACUACAGAGAUUGAAACAACAGAAAAAACAACCUACCUUCAGACAACAAAUUGUUAACCUCAAGCCAUCUCAAAGCCAGUCUUUUAAUAUGCAGAAAAAAAUCUUUGCACAGAACUCUACUGGAGUAAGUUUAUCUGAUAGAUUUGCUGGAGGACCCACUAACUUUGCUGGGCCAAGUGGAGAUGGGAGAAAAGUUUUCUUCUAGCAUUUGAUCAUUACCACAUUUUAGCUCACCUGGCCCCAAGAGUCGUUGAGCUUAUGGCAUGGCAUGCCAUCCGUCGUCUGUCUGUCCUCUAAAUCACUACUACGAGUAAGAGGAUGUUACCCUAAUUUGGUGUGAACAUGAAGCAAACUAGGGGGAAGGGGAACCAAUAUUGUAUAAAAAGAAAUAAUGUAAAUUUCUAAAAUCCUUCUACUGUAGGAAUGAAGAAAUUUGUCCAUAUUUGGUCUGAUUAAAGAGGGAAUCGAUUGUAUAUAAGCGGUGAGUCUGGGCCCCGAGGGAUCUGAGGGGUACGUGGGGCCCAAUAGGGGAAAAUAGCAUCCUUUGGUGAAGGGAGAUCAAUUCUAUAUAAAUCUUGGGUUUGAAUUAAACAGCAAGUCAACUGACCAUGUCGAGGUCAUAGGUCAUGUUAAGGUAAAAAAAAUCAGUACCUUUUCACCGAUGAACUUUUUGUUUCUGUAUAUGACAUUAUGAAAGAAAGAGUCAACUAACCACAGGCCAAGGUCAAUGUCAAAGGUCAUGAUCAAAUUUUGUACCUUUUUGCUGAGGAAUAUAUACAUCAAACUAAACUUUCAAAAUGAGUCUUAUACCAGUGAAGGGAGGUGGAGGAAAACGAGUCAUGUCAAUGUAUAAUUUGCUUCCUACAUGCAAUCGCUUUGAAGUCCAAAUGUCAACAAACCUCAGCAGUAUCGGCAGAUGUCUUCUUGAUUAUUGUAUGGGAUAUAUAGCCACAGGAUGGGGCCCUCGCUAACCUGUCGGUAUUCUAGUAUGCUUCAUUGCUUCAAAACUUUUUGGAAACAGAACACUGCAUUAAGUGAAAGGAAAAGUAUUUGUAAUAUAAAUUAUGAGUGCUUUGUCAUAAUUGCUGAAAUAUCCAGGUGAUCGAUACGUGGCUCUUGUAUGGCAUUUCAAGGACAACGGGGUUUUGUUUGUGUGUAUGAAGAGAGACGAUAGGGGAGCUUGAGUGAGUGUGUUUAAAUGGAGAUGAUGUUAUAUAUCAUUAACAGUAUAAUUUCCAUUUUAAGGAAAUAUGUCAUUUCCUUUUAGGUUUUAAUAAAUUUUCAUUGACUUUGUAAAAAAUGUAUCAUUUUCCAUCUAUAUUUUCAAGAAAUAUAUCAUUUCCAUCUAGAUUUGUAUGAGAAAUAUAUAAUUGACGUUUACAUUUUAAUAAGAAUAUUAGGAUCUUUCAUCCCUUAGGGGGUUGGACAGUUGCCAAACACAAGGCUUGCCAAGUAUAAAGCAGGUUAAAAAUGUAACCCUGAGGGUUGAGGUCCCCCUGUCUCACUCCUAAGGGGGUGAAUGAUUAUUUUUCUCUCGACACGAUUGAUUUGUUGACAUUGUAUUGUUGGUAGGAUGUCAUAGAAUUUGGAAGAAUGUGCAAAGAGCAUGUGUAGCUUGUCUCAACCCUUAGGUGAGAAGGAAAAUUUCAAACCAGUAAAGAUAUAAGAGAAAUAUAUCAAUUUCGUCUUGAUUUGAAUAAGAAAUAUAGUUUUUACUUCACAUUGUUCUAUAUGUCAUUUAUUGCUAUGGAUUGUAUUAUGGAUUCUGUUCGAGUCGUGAUAAUUUAUAUAGACGAUAGAAGACACAGCCUAAACUAAAUUUUGUGACUUAAAUGUGGCCAUUUGUGUAUGUCUACCAAAGUAAAAUGGUGGACACACCAAUAACCUUAACUUGUGGCCCAGCAACAGAGUACAUACAUUGGUGUGUACAGCAAUGUAAUGGUGGCAACAGCCUUAUCCUAACUUGUAACUCGGUAGCAGGCUCCGGUACAAAUGUAUGAUGUUAUACACUCUGGUGGACAUAGUCCUCACUUGUGACUUAUUAUGAGGCUCUAGCACUUCAUUUGAUUGAGAAAGAUUGUUAAGUAUUUUAUUUUGAUAUUAUUCUUUGUUUUGUUUUUUUAAAGUAUUUUGAUGGUUAUUAAGUAAAACUUCCUGCCAUUAUCUUGUGUUUUUAAUAGAAUACUUAAUUUUAGUCACAAAAUAUCAGUCUUAUACAUGACAUGACACUUCAUUUCAUUAAAGAUGAUUUUAAUUGAACAAAUUGUACUGUAUUCAGUUUAUGAAAAAAAUUAUAUAAAUUGACAAUAGAAAAUAUCCAGUUCAUUAUUUUAUGUUUCUGGAUCUUUGAAGAUGCUACAUCAACAGCAUAUAUACCCAAUUUCUCACAAGAAUGCAUAAAAUGGCAACCACGCCAUAGAAACAUUUAACACCAGCAAAAGGAAAUAAGUAACAACAAGCCCUAGCACAGUAAUGUGCCAAAAGUAUUUGUCAUGUAAUAUUUUUACUUUAUAUUUCAUGCAUUUUGACAAUUUCUUUUUAUGACUUCUUUUUUUUAUUUAUUUUCUAACAUUAGUAGAUAUUUUUAUCUUACUUUUCUGUUGCUUAAUUUUUUAUAGAUGAAUAUAAGCAAGUUAUCUGAAGUAUGACGUCAUUUUGUUCUUUUUUCUUACUUAAUAAUACAUUGCUAGUUUUUCACGUGAUAUCUGUUGAAAUCAACUACAGAAAAUUAUACAUAUAUUAUCAGAGGAAUAAGCAAAUAACUCUAAUGUAUGUGAAAUUUUGAUAAAUUGCAUUGAAAAAACAGUGUCGUAAAAUUAAUUGAAAAUUUGUCAUAAUGCAUAAUAUAUAUAUACAAUUGUAUAUAGUAAAAAACUUAGGUGAUUGAAUACUUAAGGCACGUUACUGUACAUAGAUGUACAAGCUAUAGAAAUGGAGCUUGAUAGAAUGUCUUCGGGAUGCAGUUUUUUUUUUUACUUUUAAUUUAAAAGAUAAAUUUAACCUCUAUGAGGUUGUUUGAGCUGAAAUUGGGUAACUUAAUGGUGUUGUAUAAAACAUACAACAGCCUUUUCAAGUUGUUUAUGAUUAUUCUUUGGAGAUGUUGCUCCUUUAAGUAUCAUUGGCAUGUCAUGGUAUGUAGUGUAUGGAAUUUAGUUAAAUUAGAGAGAUGAGAGGAGAUCAUUUCAUUUCAGAAAAGGUACAUGUAAAUGCAAAAUAUGAUCCUGGAAACCUGCAUUAUUUGCAGUCUGUUGUUCAUGCACUCUUUCGUGGAUUAGAAGCAGCAUUAAAUCCAGGAAAAUCAAACAGCAAAAUAUAAAAACUAAGUGACAUAGCCAUGUCUAGUUUGGUGUAAACAUCAACUUGUAAUUGAUACCAAUAGAUAUGAAUAGAGUUAUGAAUUCAUGAAAAAAGUAUAGAUCAUAUGCACAUAACCAAGCAAUUUAGCUAGUUAAGUAUGAAACUGCAGGUUAAGUCACUAAUAGUUUUAUCUUUAUGCCCCUAUAUGCCUCAGAGGUAUAUGGUUUUAUCCUCUUUCUGUGAGUCCGUCCUUCCUUCUGGCCAUCCUCCUAUGUACUAUAGGUUAAAGGUUUUUUUUUAGUUAGAACAGUGCUGCAUUGAUCUCAUGUAAGUGGUGUAAUGUUGAAGUUAGGAAGUGAAAUUUUGAAUCAUUGUUUCUGACAAAAAAUGCAAUAUUGUUUUUUAAUUAUUUUUGUAGGAACCACUUGCUUAUCUGUUCCUUUAAUAUACAAAUGAAAACCAUUUCAGAUGGGAUGGGGUGUCAAAAUAAAGCCAGGUCAGUGGACAUCUGUUGUUUUUCCAAAAUAUUUCUGUAUUAUAUGUCAUUUGCAUGGCAGGGUAUGUUUUGAGCAUUGCGUUAUGGGUAAAACUUAUUUUAUAUGACAUAAGUAGUCUAUUUAUUUUACUGGAUGUCUGUUGGUUGAGUCUAGCUGAAGUGUAAUCAGAAUCCAGGGGUUGUGUACUCCAUUAGGUAUACUGUCUUUAGAGAGGGCUGUGUACUCCAUUAGGUAUACUGUCUUUAGAGAGGGCUGUGAACUCCAUUAGGUAUACUGUCUUUAGAGAGGGCUGUGUACUCCAUUAGGUAUACUGUCUUUAGAGAGGGCUGUGUACUCCAUUAGGUAUACUGUCUUUAGAGAGGGCUGUGUACUCCAUUAGGUAUACUGUCUUUAGAGAGGGCUGUGUACUCCAUUAGGUAUACUGUCUUUAGAGAGGGCUGUGUACUCCAUUAGGUAUACUGUCUUUAGAGAGGGCUGUGUACUCCAUUAGGUAUACUGUCUUUAGAGAGGUCUGUGUACUCCAUUAGGUAUACUGUCUUUAGAGAGGGCUGUGUACUCCAUUAGGUAUACUGUCUUUAGAGAGGGCUGUGUACUCCAUUAGGUAUACUGUCUUUAGAGAGGGCUGUGUACUCCAUUAGGUAUACUGUCUUUAGAGAGGACUGUGUACUCCAUUAGGUAUACUGUCUUUAGAGAGGUCUGUGUACUCCGUAAGUUAUACUGUCUUUAGAGAGGGCUGUGUAUUCCAUUAGGUAUACUGUCUUUAGAGAGGGCUGUGUACUCCAUUAGGUAUGCUGUCGUUAUGUCUUUAGAGAGGGCUGUGUACUCCAUUAGGUAUACUGUCUUUAGAGAGGGCUGUGUACUCCAUAAGUUAUACUGUCUUUAGAGAGGGCUGUGUACUCCAUUAGGUAUACUGUCUUUAGGGAGGGCUGUGUACUCCAUUAGGUAUACUGUCUUUAGGGAGGGCUGUGUACUCCAUUAGGUAUACUGUCUUUAGAGAGGGCUGUGUACUCCAUUAGGUAUACUGUCUUUAGAGAGGGCUGUGUACUCCAUUAGGUAUACUGUCUUUAGAGAGGGCUGUGUACUCCAUUAGGUAUACUGUCUUUAGAGAGGACUGUGUACUCCAUUAGGUAUACUGUCUUUAGAGAGGGCUGUGUACUCCAUUAGGUAUACUGUCUUUAGAGAGGGCUGUGUACUCCAUUAGGUAUACUGUCUUUAGAGAGGGCUGUGUACUCCAUUAGGUAUACUGUCUUUAGAGAUUGUAAGUGAACGCUUCCCCUGGUAUUCCCAGGAUGACAUGUAAGAUGAUUGUAUAGGGUUGUGUAGUUUGAGGGAGUUUAUUUUGUAUCUGCAUGUCCUUCUCUUAGUCUCAUACCCAUUAGAUUCAAAUCAUAAAAGUUUAUUUGUUAA